UAGAAUUAGUAAUACACGAGUACCUAACCACAGUACUUAACCUUCUGAAAGGGUACAGAGCUUUUUCUAAUCACCUACUGUUUAUUUUUAAAGAUUUUUGAAUACAAAUGUAUAGCCGUGGUGAUUUAUUUAUGUAAUGCACAAUACGUGAUGAAUUUUUGUGCAAUUAUUUUUCAUCAUUUAGUGAAUUCUGGUGAAUUGCAGUAAUUACCUUUCCCUGAUUAUUGGUGAAUGAUUAUUCAUUUGGCGGAAAAAUGAUACGUGUAUUAUUAAAGGAGGACUGGGAUCACCGCUUACGUAUAGCUUCGAGAAAAGGUGAUCUAGAAGAAGUCAAGCGAUGUCUUCAAAACUUUGCCGACAUUAACAGUUGUAGUGAUUUAGGAAACACUGCGCUGUCAUUUGCUGCGUUACCAGGACAUGUUAAUAUUGUUAAAUAUCUAUGUGCGAAAGGAGCGAAUAUUAAUACAAUGACAAAACCACAAGGUCGGACUCCUUUAUCGUGGGCAGUAAGAGGUCGUUGUUUGGAUGUGGUAAAAAUAUUGCUAGAAAUGAAACCAUCCAUUAACACUGCAGAUUGUGACGGUAAUACUCCCUUAAUAAAUGCAAUAUUGGAAAGCACUACCGACAUUGCAAGUAUGCUGAUAAAUGCUGGAGCAGAUAUUAAUGGCUGCAAUGCUUCUGAGAAAAGUCCUUUGGCAAUUGCUGCUGAAAAUAAUAGACUAGAUAUGGUGGAGCUGUUAUUAGAAAAUAACGCGGACAUCUCUAACUUGGGGAAAAAAGAAAAAACCCCACUAUCAGCAGCUGCGUUAGGAGGUAAUUUAGAUAUAGUAAAAUCUCUUGUUAGCAGAAGAGUUGAUAUCAAUGCAAUCAACUCGGAUGGGAACACUGCCUUGACGUAUGCCGUUGAAGCUGAAAACGAUUCUAUUGUUGAAUUUUUAAUUGAACAUGACGCUGAUCCUUGCAAAUGUGGAAAGAAUGGCAAAACACCCUUAAGAACUGCUGUAGUGAAACAAUCGCUACCACUGAUCACCUACCUGUUAGAUCAUGGAGCAGAAUCCACAAUUCAAACUGCUUUCCUGGUGGCAAUAGAAACUCGAAAUUUGGAUAUUAUCCGACUGUUAAUACAAAAAGUAGUUGAUUUAAACGCAGCAUAUAACAGUGGACAUACACCUUUAAUGAAAGCUCUAGAGCUAGGGUAUUUCGAAAUUGCAGAAUUUUUGGUUGAAAAUGGUGCCGAUUGCCAAUCUUAUGACAAAAGCAAAUUGUGUCUUCUUGACUAUGUGAGCGAAAACAAUUUAGGGAUGAUAGAAUUUCUAGUGAAAUUAGGAGUAAGCUUAGACUUGGUUGGGAGUGGAGGUUAUACACCGUUAACUAAAGCCGCAGAAAUGGAAAAUUUCAAGUUGGUAAAAUAUCUUGUGGAGAAAGGAGCAAAACUUAACCAACCGGACGAAAAUGGUAAGAAUGCGUUAAGCAUUGCCGCUGUAAAAUGUAGUUUCCGGAUUGUAAAAUACUUGCUUGAUGCCGGAGCAGAUCCUGACAUUGCGAAAACAGAGCUUGAUAGUUACGCUAGUUGGAACGACGAUGUUAAAUUUUGUUUGAAAAUGACAAGGAAGGAAGAGGAUAUUGUAACAGGUACUGGACACGAAGAAGCAAAAUAAACAUACCAUAAUCGCCCAUUAAUCAAUCAGUGGAGGUCCUGGUGGAACAGUUCUAUCCCAGCAGACAAGAAUAAGUGACAUUUGUAAAUCUAUGGAGAAAACUGUAUGGGCCGUUUUAAUACCUACUGUUCUGAUUUCCUUAUAAAACACCAUGUAAAUAUAUUUCAUGAUUUUUCUACCUUA